AUGGUGGCUUGCGCGUGCCAGCCGGAGCGGAUGAGCGGCGGCAGCAUGGCCAUGGGCGCGAGGAGCAAGCACCAUCCCAAAUCUCUGGCCCUGCGCUGCUACUGCUACGCGGCGAGCCACCGCUCCCUGACCCUGCUGGUGUGGUGCCUGGCGGCGCUGCUGGUCCUUCUGAACUUCCACCUGCUCGUCACCCACGGCAAGGAUGACCAGGGCGGCAGGCCCCGCGAGAUCCACCGGGCGAUCCUCAGGGAGCUGGAGGUGGUGGAGGAGGAGAGGUUCCAGGUGACGCCCGCCCGGAGCCGGAGGAACCCGCGGGCCGUGCGGCGCAAGGGGGAGCACACCAAGCCGCUGUCCGUGGUGGAUGAGUUCCUGGACGAGUCCUCGGCCGUGCACGACAUGUUCUUCCCGGAGCCGAGGACGGCCAUCGAUCCUGUCCACGGCGGCAACGACAGCAUGUACUUCUACCACCCCGGGAGGGUGUGGCUUGACACCGACGGCAAGCCGAUCCAGGCUCACGGAGGCGGCGUGCUGUACGAUGAGAGGACCGAGACCUACUUCUGGUACGGGGAGAACAAGGAUGGCAAGACUUACAAGGCUCACAGCAAGGGUGCUGAUCGAGUUGACAUUGUUGGAGUGAGUUGCUAUUCUUCGAAGGACCUGUGGGCAUGGAAAAAUGAAGGGGUUGUGCUCCGCGGCGAGAAAAAGAACGUGACACAUGACCUCCACGUAUCCAACGUCCUGGAGAGGCCGAAGGUGAUCUACAACGACCGGACCGGCAAGUACGUGAUGUGGAUGCACAUAGAUGACGCUAACUACACCAAGGCGUCGGUCGGCGUGGCGGUCAGCGACUCCCCCACAGGCCCGUUCUCCUACCUCUACAGCAAGCGGCCGCACGGCUGCGAGAGCAGAGACAUGACCAUUUUCAAGGAUGACAACGGGAAGGCCUACCUGAUAUACUCAUCCGAGGACAACAGCGAGCUCCACAUCGGCCAGCUGACCGACGACUACCUCGACCUGACCGACGACAUGAGGAGGUUUCUCAUCGCGCAGCACCGGGAAGCGCCGGCGCUCUUCAAGUUUGACGGCACCUACUACAUGAUAACCUCAGGGUGCACGGGGUGGGCGCCCAACACGGCGCUGGCUCACGCCGCGACGUCGGUCAUGGGGCCCUGGGAGACGCUGGGGAGCCCCUGCGUGGGAGGGAACGAAAUAUUCCGGUCGACGACCUUCUUCUCCCAGAGCACAUUCGUGCUGCCACUCCCAGGCCUGAGAGGCUCCUUCAUCUUCAUGGCCGACCGGUGGAACCCUUCGGAGCUGCGGGACUCGCGCUACGUGUGGCUGCCGCUGACGGUGGGCGGGGUGCCGGAUGAGGCCGCGGACUACAGCUUCAUGUUCCCGCUCUGGUCCCGGGUGUCGAUUUACUGGCACCGGCGGUGGCGGCUCCCCGAGGGGUGGACAGAUUCUUGA